AUGGAAGUUUAUAUAGAUGACAUAGUCGUUAAGUCUCUGCGAGCAGAUGACCAUUUGAAAUUUUUGCAGGAAACUUUCAACAUAUUAAGAAAGUACAACGUGAAGCUGAACCUGGAAAAAUAUGCCUUCGGAAUCGGAUCGGGCAAGUUUCUCGAAUUCAUGGUAUCAAAUCGGGAAAUCGAAAUCAACCCGGAUAAGAUAAAGGAAAUCGAAGAUAUCACCGUGAUAAACGACAUCAAAGGGGUACAAAGAUUAACGGGACGGAUAGCUGCCGUAAGCCGAUUCAUCUCCAGAUCCUCGGACAGGAGUCGCCGUUUCUUCUCAUUGCUCAAGAAAACGACUGACUUUGCAUGGACCCCCGAAUGUCAGAUGGCCUUGGGAGAACUCAAAAGAUCAGCUGAUUUAACUAACAACGAAGCCGAGUAUGAGGCUAUGAUUGCAGGUUUAGAACUAGUUAAAAGCUUGGGAGCCGAGAUCGUAGAGGCCAAAUGCGAUUCUCUCCUGGUGGUCAACCUAACAAACGGAACCUUCGAAAUCAAAGAUCAUAGAAUGCAGAGAUAUCAGGAAAAAUUGCAGGUUGUCCUUCGUCGGUUCAAGGAGUGGACGUUGGAACACUUGACAAAAUCAGUCAUAGAGACCGGCCGCGCCGAGAUAAACUCGACCAGCCUCACUUGGGAUUGGAGAAACAAAUACAUAGACUAUCUCCAAACAGGAAAGCUACCAUCCGAUGCCAAGGAAUCAAGGGCCCUCCGAACCAAAGCAGCUAGAUUUUGUUUGGUCAAUAGCCAGUUGUACCGAAGGUCAUUCCACGGCCUCUUGGCGAGAUGCCUAGGACCAGGGGAAACCGACUAUGUUCUGAGGGAAGUUCACGAGUGGACUUGUGGAAACCAUUCGGGAGCCGAUUCAUUGGUCCGCAAACUGAUCAGAGCAAGAUACUACUGGAACGGGAUGAAGGAAGAUGCCAAAACCUUCGUUCGAAAAUGUAACGAAUGCCAAAGGCACGCCCCAUCAAUAUCAAUCCGGGGAAGAGCUCCAUCUGGUCCUCUCACCAUGGCCAUUCAUGAAAUAGGGCAUGGAUAUAGUGGGACCUUUGCCAUGGGCCCCAGGGUACCAGCGAAAAUCGCGUAUGAUAACGGGAAACAGUUCAUAGGUAGCAAGGUCAGCAAGUUUUUCGAAGAAUACAAAAUCAAGAAAAUCUUAUCAACCCCGUAUCAUCUGAGCGCGAAUGGCCAGGCCGAGUCUACCAAUAAAACCAUACUGCAGAAUUUAAAGAAAAGACUGGCCGGCUCUAAGCAUCGAUGGAAGGAGGUUCUGCCUGAGGUUUUAUGGGCUUACCGCAUAACGGUAAGAUCAAGCACCGGGGAGACUCCAUUUUCCCUUGCAUAUGGAGCCGAGGCCCUGAUACCCGUCGGGGUUGGUGAGCCAAGCUUAAGAUUCCGUUACGCCACUGAAGACUCGAACCAUGAAGCAAUGUCUAUCAAUCUGAAUCUCGUGGACGAAAGGAGAGAAGCUGCUUAUAUCCGGAUAGCCGCACAAAAGCAGAUGAUGCAAAGGUAUUAUAACUGGAGGACCAACCUCAAGCAUUUUCAAAUUGGGGACUUAGUACUGAGGAAGGUCAUAUUUCAUACGAAGAACCCUUACGAAGGGAAAUUAGCCCCGAAUUGGGAGGGACCGUACAGAGUCACUGGAAUAAUCAGGAAAGGUUCUUGUCAGCUGGAGAACGAAGACGGACAACAGCUGAAAAACAACUGGAAUGUAGCACACCUAAAACGAUAUUACUGUUAA